CCUGUCAUUAUGUCUGACUACCAGUACUUACUCAUAUAGCCUAACUCUGUAGUUCCGGAUGAUUUUGUUUUUCUUGAAACAAAAUUACAAACAAGAUAAUCAUUAGAUCUACGUUAUUGUAGGUUGUCCGUGAAAGAAUUAAAUGACAUAAUGCUAAUACAAAACAUACAAUACUUAUACGUCAAUGGCAUUGCUUUAAGUGAGUUUUAAGUGAGUGUCAACCAUGUCGAUGAAAGAUAAAAGAUUCAAAAAUGUCAUUGAGUCUGAUGAUGAAAAUGAAACAGGAGCCUGUGGUGUAAAUACUAAUCUCAGGCGACCUUCAUUGGCUGUACCUGAAAGCGUAUCAGGAACUGGUAGCCUACUGGAUGAAAGUGUAGACAAUUUAAGUAUGGAAGUUCACUUAGGUGGAGAUUCACGUCACCCGAGUGAAAUCAGUUCUGUUUCCUACCAGAAUCUCCUUGAUGAUGGUGAGCCAUCUAACAGCAUUAUUUCUCGGCGUGGUAGUGAUGACAGCUUAGACUCAUACCCACCAGACUUUCCAGAUGCUCCAGAUGAUAUGGAGACUUUUGAAGCAUGUGAUCUUCCACUGUCUGAGCAUUUUCCUAUGGGUAGCUUGCAAGAGACAAUAAACAAGCAAAUAUACCAGGGAGAUAAAAAUAGUCAUGCUUCGGAUAAGACAUCCAACAUUUCUAGGCCUAAUGUGAAAUUAAAAAAUGCUUGCUUAGAUGUAACUGAUGCUGUUGAGAUGCCUGAAAUGCAAAUUUUGGUUAUGGAUAAAGAGUCUAAUGUUGAAAAAGAGAAAACCAACUCUAAAAGAAAUAGUCUUGAAAUUAGAAAUAACAUUCCUAUCGUUGGUGAAAUAAAAGAUUAUGAGAAAGAGCUGAAUAUUGACUUUAGUAAAAGUCAAGGACAGAAACCUAAAAUGAUUGGGCUAAAACAAUCACCUGGACUAGCACGUAGAGUUGACAGCGAAAGUGUUGAAGAACAGGAGAAUCCUUCAGUUGAAAGGGAUACAGAAAAACAACCUGGAACUUCCCAUAAACUUAAAAUUAAAAAUACUUCAGGAAAACCAAGGGAUAAUGUAUUAGAAAUUAUAACACCAAUACCCAAAAACCUAAACAUUGAGAAUGAAUAUGACUAUGUCAAAUAUGCUCGUGUGCAACAGGGUAACUCAUAUGUUGGCAUGAGGUUGGCGUAUUCCAGCUCUAAUGAUUCCUUGAAUAUAAAACAUAGUGCUGGAUCCGAUAACAGCUCAAGAGAGCCCUCACCAGAGAAAAGUUUGCAUAAAAAAAGCCAUGCAGAUCUUCCAAGCCAGGAGAAAGUUAGUGAAGAGACACUAACAGAGAUACCUUUGAAUAACAGUGAUUACUCAGAAGAUAAAAAAGCUUUCACACUGUCUCCAGAAAAUACAGAAUGUGAUAGUGUAGAUGUGGAGAGUGUCACCUCUGAAGGGGAGAAUUCAACACCUGGCUUCCCCACUGUUGAAGAUGGCCUCUCUAGCAGUCAAGCAAGUGAUGUUGAAGAUGGGGUUUGUGGUCAUGGAAAUAGUUGUUCCCCUUCCAAAAUGUUGCAAUUAAAGCAGAAAUCUGCUACUGAGCAAGAGCAAGAGUUUUAUAAAGACGAUGAGGAUUCUUGCCCUAAAGAAAUGGAUGCGCAGGCUAUCAUGGAUGACUUAAAAAUGAAAAGGGAAGCAUUAGAUAUGGCCAUUGCAGAUAUUAAAUCAGCUAUUCAACGCAGUAAAAGCAUGUCGCUUGAAUCUUCUUACCAGACACAACAAGAAGCUGAAGACACACAACCUGUUUGGGUCAAAAGGGAAAAUAAAGCUCAAGACCAGUUGCUCCGUAGACAAGAAGAAAUGAGAAAAGUUAGGGAAGAAAUUGAGAGACAACAAGAACAAUUAAAUCCCACUCAGGGGAAACCUCUGCAAGAAAAAGACGAGGAUAGCCAAGACUGUAGCCAUUCUGACACAUAUUACACAAGAAAUGAAGUUGAUGAGCAUAACCAUCAAAUACCAGGUUAUGAUUCAGAUGAUGAAUGUGAGGAUGCUGAUGGCAUCCGGUACACAAGGCGUAACAAAGGGAAAAAAUAUGCCCCACUACAAAAAGAUGAUUCGUUAGAGAUUGGGGGUGCCUAUGGUGGCAGCAAGAAAGAUGCUGCUCAUUCAAAUGGGCACAUGUUUUCAAAUAAUCAUGAUACACACUCAGGCAACAAUGGAUCAGUGGCCAAUAUCCAAGGAUUACAACAGCCCGGCGAGCACCAUGUACAUCGUACUGAUGUGCCUUUGUCAUCUGAAGAAAGCAGUGAUUUAGAAGCCAACAUAAACUCUUAUACCAGACCUCCUAAUGCAGAUUCAGAUACAGAUGAAGAGACUGAUAGACUUUUACAGAAGCAGUAUCAAGAGAGGGACAAGCAUGUUGAAAUUCCAGAACUUAGUGACCCAACAGCUACAAGAAGAUCUGAGGUUGACAGGCGGCAUUCAAAGGCUAAAGAAGCUGCCAUCCGUGAUCCUGAUCGACCUGAAGUUCUGAUUGAGGGUGUAUUGUUCAGAGCCCGCUACCUAGGCUCCACCCAGCUAAUUUCUGAAGGUCAGCCUUCAAAAGCUAUGCGUAUGAUGCAAGCACAGGAAGCUGUUGGAAGAAUAAAG